AUGAAGUAUACCCUCUCCAUCGCGCUCCUCAGCGCCGCCGCUGCGGCAGCCCCCCCUCCCUCCAUUCCAGAGGCCAUGGACGACAAGAGUUUUUACAGCCUCAAACUCCCCGACUUCACCCCAUCGGGCGACCGCAUCGUCGAUUGGCGCUUCACAGCAAACAGCCCACUAGAGAAGCGCGCCCAAUGCCUUGGCACAGGAGGCAUCGCCAACGGGCAGUGCGUGCGGUACUACAGCAACCCGGGCUGCGCGGACCGGGACCACAUCAAGGGCUACAAGCCGACGUGCGCGGGCAACUGCUACGUGGAUAAGUUUAACUCGGUCAAGGCGAUUGGCGACGGCACGUACUCGACCAACUGCGAGCUGUACUCGGACACGCAGUGCCAGAACAGCCUGGGCAGCGUUGGGGGCAAGACGGGCGGCGGACACUGCAAGAAUGCCAGCGGCUGGAGCAUGAGGUGCUACUACCGAUGCUAG